AGAGUUGGCAAUAUAAGGGAUUUGAAAUAUGAAUUCAAUGCAAGGGGAAAAGACUACCCUUAUAUUGAUUUAAAAGUGACAGAUAUAUGGUCUUUAAAAUAUUUAAACUUAGAAUCCGAAACUUUUAAACUGAUGGUAUUGUUGAAGAUKGAUGAGGAUAGUGUGGUAGAAGACCAAAUGGUCCACAAUUAGAUAACAAAACGCAUAUUGUUUCCGUUCAGCACCACGAUUGGUGUGAAUUACCAUGAUGAUAUUGCAAUUAGUUUGAUGCAUGAUGUACUACGACAAUUCCAAAUAUGUACACAAUUAUGUUUAUUAAUCAAAUUUAAAGAAAGGUUUCUUAUAAAUUUAAAAGAAACAUAUACUGAACACGGGGAAUUUGUGUUUCAAAACUACAUUAAAUAUGAAUUACAGAAAUUACUAUUUAAAAUUGACAAGGCAACAUACAAAAGUUUCAAUAUCAAUGAACUGCCAUAUGAGUCCUCAGAAGAUGUUAUGAUGGUUGAUGUCGGUGAUUAUUAUGUAAAAUUUUAUAUGGACCCCAUCAACUACAGWCAUGCCAAUUUCUCCUUUAUGGAAAUUCUAAUCACACAAUUAUAUAACAAUUUUGUGAUACUAACUCACAGUUUUUCACUUAGUUAUAACAGUGAAUUAAAUUAUCAAAACUUAAUAUAAUAAAUCCAGUAACAAAAAAUAAUAAAUCACCAUUCCAUUACCUAAUAAAUAUUGAAUUAUAAAAUAAAUAAGGAAAACAUAUCGCCUUUAAAUCACUUUAAUAGUUUAUUUAAUUAAAAACAUAAUAAGACAACCGUAA